CGUAUUUAGUUAGUCAGCAAACGUGAAACCUCCAAGUAUGUUUUUUUAAAGCAAACGAACCAGCAAAAAACAAAAAAAAAGAAGAAAACGAAUCGAGCGAAAGUAAUAGUUGUUUUUUAUUGUGAUUAAACUAGAAAGAAACAAACACAUAACAUUAAUACAAGAUUAUUAAUCUUGCAAGUCUUGAAAAGAAAAAUGUGGCUGAAAAAACCAAUUUAGCAGUGGCAUAAGCACUUGUGUGAGUUUGUGUUAAUCAGCUGAUUUUUUCGCUACUCGCAAUGGCUAGUAGAACUCUAUGCAGUGUAAAAUUUGUUUGUGGUUUUUGCUCAAUUUGGCCAUCAACUCAUUUCACGCGUGGCUAAAAAUUGAUUUCUCAUUGAAUUCAAAUUAUUUUACUACUGCGUGCUGCUUGCGUGAAAUUAUCCAAAAUCAUAAAAUAAUUAAACACAUACAUACGCGUUCAUAUAUCUAUGCUAUGUGCUUCGAAUGCAAUAUAUUGUUCGCAAACUUUGCAAAUGGGAUUUUUUCUACAAUCGUGGCUACCAUAUUGCGUUUCGGUUACCAAAGAAAAUAAGUAUAAAAUAAAACAAAACAAAUAAAAACAAGAAAAAGUGUGGAGUUACUAGAAACAGCAACUAGAGGGAGCAAGCAAAGGCAGUGAUUAGCAAAAUAAAACUAAUUUUUUUUAAUAAUUUUCAGCAGUUGUGAUAAAUACCGACAAGAAAAUAAUAAACAAGUGUACGAGUAUAAUAUACAUAACAGUACAUGUAUGUACAUAUGUAUGUAGCAGUGUUUGUAGAAGGAAUAUGAAAAAUUGGAGUGGUCUUUUCAAGCCGCUUAACAAGUUUGGCAUAUUGUUUUAAAAAACAUAUUUACCAAUAGAAAUUGUGUGCAAAAUGUAAUUAUAACAGUAAAUGCAUAUAUAUGUACAUAUGUUACGCUUUAACCUACUGCGCUAUUGAUUUUUAAAGGUCAAUGGGCAUCUUAUUGCCACCCGUCUCACAGGUUACCAACACUCGUAUCAAUUUAACACAACAUCACCGCAAUCGCAGUCUGGACAGCGCCUUGCAGCGUAUACCGGAGGUUGAAGUCUCCUCGCCUAAUUCAGAGAGCGAAAAUACGUUCUGCACACCAUCCAUUCUGGGCACGACUAUGUGCUCGAAAAUCGUCACGACUGCUGCCAAUGUAACAGCCGCCCUUACCACAACAACAACACCGGCGUUGACGUCAUCAUUAACACAUUCACCGCCAUCCUCUUCAUUAGCCACCCCAUCUAGAGUAUCAACCAUAACAGGUGGUUUAAUGAACUCAACGACGGCUGACCCAAUUGCAGCUAUGACCACAGAACCCACGGCAAACAACAGCAGCAAUAACAUUAACAUUAACAACAUCAACAGCAGUAGUUAUGGUGGUGCCAAUGUGAUUGUUGAGUCCUGCCCAACAUUGCGUGUACGUCCCAAAUCGAGUGAGGCAACCACACGUUGUGGAGCGGCGAUUGCAGGUGCAGCAUCGAGCAACAUCAAUAACAAUAACAACACCAGCAGCAAUAAUAGCAACGGCAGCAGUAGUAGUAAGAAACGUGAGGAUCUCACCAGUCUCGGCUCUGAUGAUUCAGGCAUAAUUUGCGGUUCUGACUCGGAUCAAAUAUCUCUCAACCGCAUACGUCACUCUCACGAAUCGCUGGACUCGGGUGAAAUGGAUGCUGAAGAAGAAUGCAUUGAUAUGCUCGAGACGACCUCUAUGGAUGAGGAGUAUGGUAUGCUUCAAUCGGAUUUGAUUUUCUAUCAAUCGGCUGAUACAGACUGUCGUACGCUACGCCCAUCUCGCAAGCAAAAACAAAUGCAAAAGCAACAUAACCAAAGUAAACAGACACCGAGGGCGCUUGCCGACGCAGAUAUAAUCGGUGGCUAUGGUGAUGGUAGUGACACAGAUAUCGAUGCUAAGGCAGCAGAACAGCUGUCUGAACGUAUGCGUUAUCGAGAAUUGAAUAUGUCGCAGGCCGCGUUAAAUUUGGAACGUUCCAGUAGUGGCACACCUACGGCUUUAGAUGCCGAUUUGUCCACACCGACUGCAGAUACAGUUGACUCAUCAACACCAACGGCAACACAACCAAACACACCAUCGACAUCAACACCGUCGACUUCAAUGCCAUCGACAGCAGCCACAACACCACAGCCAACGCAGACGGCUAAGGCACAGAAAAACUCGGAGGCGGGAAGUGCAAACGAAACCGCAAAGAAUGAUGUACUUUUUAAAAGUUUCUUUGGUGCCACCAAGAAUGCCAUUUUCCGUACCGCACAAAGUAUCAUAGAAAAUCACGAGAAGAAGAAUGCCGCAAAGAAUAAGAAUGAUGAGAACGCUGGCAGCAAUGGUGGUAGUAGUACCGCACCGGACCAAGUAAAAUCGCCCACAGAUAUUUCCAAGAAAAAGGAAUUUUUUAGUCUAAUCACGUCGAAUUCGAGUAAGAAGGCUGCCGCUGCUGCUGCAGCAGCUGCCGCAGCCGCCGCAUCUGCACAACAAUCUGCUUCCAAUACACCGGUUGCCACACCUUCGGCCGAAUCAACGCAGGUUGAGCUAAAAUUUCCGACAUCAGCUUCAUCCAAUACUGAAGUUUCCGAGAAGAAAGCCAGUUUUGCCACGGAUGGCAUAGAGAAAACACUUAAUCUUCCACUACCCGGUCUCGGAGCUUCCUCCUUCUCAACUUCGAUUGCAAAAUCUUCUUCCAUCUCUUCGCUAAAUAAAUUAAAAGUGCCAGGUGUGGUAAAGUGCUUCAUUAAGGAGCGUCCGGCCAACAACGACAACUUGCAAAAGACUGAAAAAGGUCCCAGUGGACUGCUGAGAUUUUUCGAAUCUCCCGUCUUCAAUAUACAUUUUGCUAUCCACUAUCUAUUUUAUUCGAAAGAACCAGGUGUGCUCAGUUUUAUCGGCAAUAAGAUUUUCAGUUUUCCCGAUCAAGAAGUGGAUCUCUAUAUACCACAACUAAUCGUUAUGUAUAUUCAAAUGGAUGAAUUGGCGGAGGUUCUCGAUCCGUAUUUGACAAUCCGCUGUCGCAAGUCGGUUGACUUUUCAUUGAAAUGCCUUUGGCUGCUAGAGGCCUAUAAUUAUCAAUUCGAUUCGUUGGGCAACGGGUCUCGUAAAUCACAGCUAGCACUUAUGAAGGAGAUCUUUUCAAAAAAGGAGCGUAAAAUAUUGAGUAAAUCCGACGGUAAAGAUAUUCCACCGGCUGGGCGCGGAGCUGUGGCUGCCGCAGCUGUUUCAGCAUUAACAAAAAAGACACAUCAUCGUUCACAAUCUGACGCCACACUUUUGUUAAGCGAUUCACGCCGCCACCCUUCAUCAAUCGCACUAAGCAUAUCAAAUCGUCACUACCAACAGCCGCCAUAUACAACGCAAACAUUACCAUUAACGCCAGCUAAAUUGUGUCUGGGUGAUCUGACGUCUGGAAGGGCAUUCGAUAAUGGGUGCACCUGCUUCGACAGUGUACGAGGACAGGUUAAUGGUCUUCUUGGUCAGAAGACCGUGUGCUCAUGCAAUGCACCGAAAACUGCGCCCGAGAAGGAGUUCAUGAAAGCACUCAUCAACGUUGGCAAAAAUAUCACAUCCCUGCCGUCUAAGGCGGAAAAAACCUCAGCGCUACGAAUGUUUUUGAACCUGAUCAAUAAGAAUCUGCCGGCACGAGUUUGGCUGCCGGUAUAUUCAGAUAUUCCACACCAUGUAGUGCGCAUAACAGAGGAAAAGACUGCGGUGCUCAACUCAAAGGACAAAACGCCGUACAUCAUUUACGUCGAGGUGCUUGAGGUGCCCGAUAUAUACUCAUCGCCGCUUAUUCCGAAAAUGAUGCCAUCACUGCGGCACACGAAGAGUGAAGAACACCUAGAAGGCACUUGUAGCCAUCACCAUCAAUUGCAUCAGCACAAUCACAACCACGUGAGCUGUAGUCGCACGUCCAGUUGUAGUUCACAUGGUGGCGCUGCCAUCGCCACUGGCCCCAAUUGCCGUCUUAAAAAGGAGAAACUUUUGUCAGAGUCAUCGUCCGUGGCGUCCGAUGCUCAAACGUCUGCUACUGCUGGCGGUGAUGGCGGCCAUGUGUGCAGUGCGCAUACAAUGGGACUCUCAUUUGGUGGCCUACAUUUAACCGAAGAUGAUGUUUGGUCGCAAGAAGACGAUGAGAUCACAGCACAAUAUUUGCAUUUGCGGAAAUUGAGUGAACGAGAUGCCAUAUCGCAAAUGUCGCUAGACUCAUGUGACUCAAGGGAUCAAGGUAUACCUGUGCUAUUCAAUAUCGGCGAUGUACGCACUCGUCACUGUAAUAACUUAACCUGCGAAAACACGAAAUCCUUCAACAAUGAUCCAGAAGAUCCAUCAGCGGCAGCUUUGAAGGAGCCUUGGCAUGAAAAAGAGCAACAGAUACGUGAAUCAUCGCCUUAUGGACACCUUUCAAACUGGCGUUUGUUGUCAGUUAUCGUGAAAUGUGGCGACGAUUUACGCCAAGAACUUAUGGCCACACAACUGCUACAGAUGUUCAAAAUCAUUUGGCAAGAGGAACAUGUGGAUCUCUGGGUGCGACCGUACAAAAUUGUUUGCUUAUCGAAUGACAGUGGUCUGAUCGAGCCAAUCCUUAAUACUGUAUCAUUGCAUCAAAUCAAAAAGAAUUCUAAUAAGUCGUUACGCGAUUACUUUAUCGAUGAAUAUGGCUCAUUAGAGGGUGAACGAUUCUGUGCCGCACAGAAGAAUUUUGUGCAAAGUUGUGCAGCCUACUGUCUGAUUUCAUAUUUAUUGCAAGUGAAAGAUCGGCACAAUGGCAAUAUUUUACUGCAUUCAGAUGGGCACAUUAUACAUAUUGACUUUGGUUUUAUACUCAGCAUAUCGCCGAAGAAUUUAGGUUUCGAGCAGUCACCUUUCAAACUGACACCCGAAUUCGUUGAUGUAAUGGGUGGCACUAGUUCGGAGCUUUGGAAAGAGUUCAAUCGUCUAUUGCUUGUCGGCAUGAUGUCUGCACGCAAGCAUAUGGAUCGAAUUAUAAAUUUUGUGGAAAUAAUGCGUAGCAAUGCGCAAUUGCCCUGCUUCAAGAAUGGUUGCUCUGGCACCGUACAGAAUCUCCGAAAACGAUUCCAUAUGAAUUUGACCGAACAGGAAAUGGAACGCAAAGUCGAACAACUUGUACAGGAUUCGCUAAAGAGCCUCUCAACAAAGUUAUACGAUGGCUAUCAGUACUACACGAAUGGUAUAUUGUGAGAAAGGUUUUUUAUGAAAAUUUAAAGCAAGACGACUGUGUAAACAAAAUUGCUGCACACCAACAGUACGACAAUUGAAGCGAGCGAAAAAUAUAAACCUACAUUCAUAAAUACCACAUAAAAACCACAUAAAUGUAUGCCAACUAAGCGAAUUGUAUGUGUGUGUGUGGCAGUCGACAAUGACGAGGAUGGCGGCGACACCAAUAUCUAAGCCGGUGCUGCUAUACCUGUUGAAGUGUUUGUUGUUGUCUAAUUUCGUCUGUGUAUUAUGCGUAAUUUGUGUUGAUAGUUAUUUGUAAUUGAAAAACAAAAGAAAAUAUAGUACGAACUUGGUAAUCGCAACUAAUUGAGUAGAAAUAGAGGCAUUGCAUUUAUUGAGGUUGUUACAACUAACGAAGAAAGAAUCGACCAAAAAAUGUAUUGAUGAAAACUCUGUUUUUAAACAAAAAUUUUACUUUUGUAUUAGAAAAUUAAUUUUUCGUGUGCGAUUUAUUGCAGCAU